UUCCCUGACCCCCAUCUUCUCACUCGUGAGCCCCCUUUUCUUAUGCUCUCUCUCUUCUCUCUCCUCCAGCGUAAGCACCAACAACACUCAACUCUUCCUCCUUUCCCUACAAUUUCCUUCAAUUCCCUGCACAAUUUCAAUCGGACUAGGGUUGAGCAAUGGAGUCUAAAUCACAGGGGAUGUUCAGCUAUGUAAGGCAGUCAUCAAUGGCGCCGGAACGCCAGAAUGAUCCUCCGAAGACGGAGGGGAAGCUAGAGUUUGAUGAGGAGGGAGUGAGGCUGAUGUUCUUGGCGAAUGAGGGGGAUUUGGAAGGGAUUAACGAGGUUUUGGAUUCUGGAAUUGAUGUUAAUUUUAAAGAUAUUGAUUCCAGGACUCCUCUCCAUGUUGCUUCUUGUCAAGGAUUUCCCGGUGUUGUCCAAUUGUUGCUUGAACGUGGCGCCGAGGUUGAUCCUAAGGAUCGUUGGGGUAGCACUCCACUUGCAGAUGCAAUAUAUUACAAAAACCAAGAUGUAAUAAAGCUUUUGGGGAAACAUGGUGCAAAUAUGGCUUCUAUGCAUAUCCAAAAUGCUCGUGAGAUCCCUGAAUAUGAGAUUGGUCCCGGUGAGCUCGACUUUUCCAACAGUGUUGACAUUACAAAGGGUACUUAUCGCAUUGCAUCAUGGCGUGGGAUUGAAGUUGCAGUUAAAACACUUGCAGAUGAUGUGGUGAUGGAUGAAGAAAAAGUAAAAGCAUUUACGGACGAGUUAGCACUACUUCAAAAGAUACGCCAUCCAAAUGUUGUACAAUUCCUGGGUGCUGUGACACUGAGUAACCCAAUGACUAUUAUCACAGAGCAUGAGGUAACCAUAGUGACUUAUCUUAUGAGGAGAGUUUUUGCCUUAAGCAGCUCAGCCACAACUAUGAGGUGCACCUAUGAGCAUGAGGGGGAUCUUCGUGGUUUUCUGAAACGGAAAGGGGCACUGAAGCCGUUAACUACAGUGAAGUUCGCUCUUGAUAUUGCAAGGGGAAUGAACUACUUGCACGAGACUAGACCUGCGAUUGUUCAUCGAGAUCUUGAGCCAUCAAACAUAUUGCGGGAUGAUUCUGGGCAUCUAAAAGUUGCGGAUUUUGGCGUAAGCAAGCUGCUGAAAGUCUCGGCGACUGUUAAGGAACACGAGCCGCUGCGGUGUCAAGAAUUUUCAUGGAGGUAUGUGGCUCCAGAGGUUUAUAAGAAUGAGGAAUAUGACACAAAAGUUGACGUUUUCUCAUUUUCCUUGAUAAUACAAGAAAUGAUUGAGGGAUGUCCUCCCUUUGUGUCAAAGCAAGAAGAGGAAGUAGCUAAGGCAUAUUGUUCAAAUGAACGCCCACCUUUUACAGCUCCAGAAAAACAUUAUGCUCUUGGUUUGAAAGAAUUAGUUGAGCACUGCUGGAAUGAUAACCCAAUGAAGAGGCCAACGUUCAGACAAAUAAUAAGUAGGUUGGAGGAAAUUGAAAAAGUAUUGGAUCGUAAGAGACGCUUAAAGUCUGGACCUUUUGGAUGCUUCCGGAUGCUGGGAAAGUUGGGGAAGAAAAGGCAUAUUGAUUAUGGAAGCCACUCGUCUACCUCAAUAGUUAGAUGAUGACUACUAAUUGUAAUGUGCAUUAAGUCCACACUAAUGCAUGCCAUUUUGUACAUUCAAGCUCUUUCCUUGACUAUAGGCUGCCAUUCUUCUCAGUCGCCAAUAUUUAAUUUAACUUGCUAUGGAAACUACUGCAAGAAUAUACGAAGUUCCUUACUUAUAGUGAACAACUGAAUAGGGUGUACUACUAUUAAUAUAAAGUAUUAUAGUUGCAGCAGCCAGCAGGCCAUUCCGACUUCAAAUGAAAGCUGCAUGAUCAUACUUGUAUUGUUGAACAGAAUGCUACUCUUUGCGUGCCACUGACAGUUUUCUUUAGUUUUGUGGAAUGAGAUCAUUGUACAGUUGAAGAAUGUAACUAAAAUUCGCAACAUUAUUCGAUUACUCUA